UAUUUCAAAACCAUUAUCACCUCAUAUUAUCAAGCCUCUUCAUUUCUGUCAUACAAACACAAACAAAGAAAUCUAGAAAGAAAUGGAACAUUGUUUUGGCAGCGUAGUAGUGGUGUUGAUUUCAGCUCUGCUGGUUCAUGUUCAUGAAUCAGAUUCAUAUGUCAGAGCUGACAUAGAUUUGGACGACUGUGAUUUGUUCCGGGGAAGUUGGAUUCGUGAUGAGGCCUACCCACUUUACAACACAUCAAGCUGCUCGUUCAUUGAGAAAGAGUUUGAUUGUCAGGCAAAUGGAAGGCCUGACACUCUCUACCUCAAGUACAAAUGGAAGCCUGAUGGUUGUCAUCUCCCAAAGUUUGAUGGAGAGAGUAUGUUGAGAAAGUUGAAGGGGAGGAAAAUAUUGUUUGUAGGGGAUUCUCUGAGCCUGAAUCAAUGGCAAUCUUUCACGUGCAUGUUGCAUGCUGCGGUUCGACAAUCUAAUUACACUAUCAACAGAAACGGAUUUGUCUCUGUUUUUACUUUUUCUGAAUAUAAUGUGUCGGUUAUAUUAUCUCGGAAUGGAUUUCUGGUUGAUGUAGUAAAAGAGAGAGUGGGAAGGGUUCUGAAGCUGGACUCUAUUCAAAACGGCAAUGCAUGGAAAGGAUACGACAUUCUCAUCUUCAAUACCUGGCACUGGUGGCUCCAUAAAGCCAGCAAACAGCCAUGGGAUUACAUUGAAGAAGGGGGUAAGAUGGUGAAGGACAUGGAUCGUUUGAUUGCCUUCAAGAAGGGAAUUACGACAUGGGCCAACUGGGUGGACUCCAACAUUAAUUCUGCAAUCACCCAAGUUUUCUUUCAGGGGAUUUCUCCAACCCACUACAAUGGUGAAGAGUGGAAUGAGCUGGAGUCAACGACUUGCGCUGAGCAAACAGAGCCAGUAAGUGGAUCGUCGUAUCCGGGAGGGUCACCUCCAGCGGUGGCAGUUGUGAAGGAAGUGCUGAGAAAGAUGAGAACGCCGGUGGGCCUGCUGGACGUGACGACUCUAUCGCAGCUGAGAAGAGAUGGGCAUCCGUCUAUUUAUGGAUUCCGCGGUGGCCGAGGGAAUGAUUGCAGCCACUGGUGCCUUCCCGGUGUUCCUGAUACUUGGAAUGAGCUUUUGUUUGCACUUAUUGGAUCACAAGUAACCAACAAAAUUUAAGUAAAUCAAGUUUGAUAACGUAGAUAUAUGUAUAUCUUAUAUACAUGCUUUCAUCAAUAUAUAUAUUUCAUCAAUGUAUGUUUUAGGAUCAAAGCCACAUUUCUAAAGCUCGCAACUUUCAUUUAUAAUAGGUACACAACAAAUACAAACCACAUAUGUUUUCAUCAAUAAACAGAUUUAGUAAGAAUUAGUCUCAAA